CUAUCGAUAACAGCUUGCUGAAUUAUAAGAAUUUAUCGCUACAGUUUACGCAAGCCACACAGACGCGACAAGUAAAUAAAUUGCAUGUAGAGAAAUAUGUUGGUGGCAAAUAAAGAACAGAAACCCAAACACCAAAGGAUCCGUGGUAAUUAUAAGAAUACUACAUGGGGUAUUCUUGGAUUUGUGUCCGCCGACAAGGGAGAGGGCGAUUCCAAGAAGUAUCGUGCCCUCUGUCUGCACUGCAACAAAUACCAAUCGAAUACCAGCAUUGACAGGCUUAUCAUCCACAGAAAGUCCUGCCCGAAGUAUAAAGCCGAUCUCACCGAGAAGCUUAGCAAUCUUACUAAAUCAAAAAAAGAAACUUCAGCGGAACCUGCCAGUCCCCCGGCACCAGCACCAAUUUCGGAAACCAACGAUCCCAUCUCCGUGAAUCUACUGGAUAAACUGCUAGUGGAGGAUGACAGUGAUCGAAAUGCAGGAUCCACCUUGGUGGGCUACCUCAAUGACUUGGAUCAGUUAGCUACCUUUCCGGCGUCCGACGCAAACCGGUUGCAAAAAGACCUCCUCAAGGCUGAGACGGAUUACCUGGAGGCCAAGUCCGAAUACUUUACCAAGAUGAACGAGAUAUCUGAGUUGAAACGCACGGUCACAAUGUUGGAGGCGAAGAAGACCCAGCUGGAGAUUGUAAAGCUGAGAGCUGAGUGCGAGUAGUUAGGCCAGCAAUGUAUUUUACGAUUUUAAAGUGUUUUGGAAAUCUGUUCCACUUUUGAUUUAACCAAUAGUUUAAUGUUUCAACUUAAAAUAUACUUUUAAAAAUAGA